AUGUCUUCUCAUCAAGCUUCUUCGCCCACGUCCGAGAGAAGUAGCGAGGGAUUUUCCAUCAAGAGGUCAUUUUCUUCAUCUCCCGCUCAUCGUUCCACAAAAUGCGAGUUACUAGACUCUAUCCCUAAAGACGAUGAGUUUGCUCAGAAACAGGCGCAGCGCAAGCGUGGUCGCCCACGUCUCGACCGCGGCGCUCUAACUGCGACAGAGCGCACUGCUACGUCAAGGAAUGCGCGAUGCCAGCGUCUGCCACAUAAUCAGGUCGAACGGAAAUACCGCGAAGGUCUCAAUGCCGAGCUCGAGAAACUCAGAAGGGCAGUCCCGACUCUAACCCAGCACAAUCCAACCGACAUGACUACCCUACCGAGGCCCAGUAAGGCUACCGUUCUAGCUUGCGCCGUUGAAUAUAUUAAGAAGGUCGAGAUCGAGCGAGAUUUUUUAAGAGUCGAGAAUGAGACGUUGCGAGGUUUGAGGCCUAGUAUAGCCGAGGUCUAA